CGGUUUCUAGUCUGUAAACACGCGCGGGCCGGAGGGGGGUGCGCGCGAGCCCACGCUGCGUGUUGAUUCCGACCACUGGGUAUGAGACUGUCCCUGUGUGUCACUAACACACACUGAUAGGAGACCUGCUUCGACGUGCGUGUCAUGGCUUAAAAAUAGAUGCUAAUCCGUCAAGCGGUCUGGCAGUGACAGCUACGGCGGCGACAGCAGGAGAAUCAUGGCCGAGGGGCUGCGGGCGCCUGUGAUCUGCCUCCGGGACUGAGACCCCCGCCGCGGGCUGAGAGCAACAGCUACCUGGAGACUGACCCAUCAUCACCGCAGCCAACCCGGCAGCUGCCACGGUUUCUGCCAUCUCUAAGAUGUGUCCUGGUAACUGGCUCUGGGCCUCCAUGACUUUUAUGGCCCGCUUUUCCCGGAGUAGCUCAAGGUCUCCUGUUCGCACUAGAGGGGCCCUGGAGGAGAUGCCAGCCGUUCAACAUCCCUUCCUCAGUGUCUUUGAGUUGGAGAGGCUUCUCUACACAGGCAAGACAGCCUGUAACCACGCCGAUGAGGUCUGGCCAGGCCUCUACCUCGGAGACCAGGACAUAGCUAACAACCACCGCGAGCUCCGGCGCCUGGGCAUCACCCACGUCCUCAAUGCCUCGCACAGCAGGUGGCGAGGCACGCCCGAGGCCUACGACGGGCUGGGCAUCCGCUACCUGGGUGUUGAGGCCCACGACUCACCAGCUUUUGACAUGAGCAUCCACUUCCAGACGGCUGCCGACUUCAUCCACCGGGCCCUGAGCCAGCCGGGAGGGAAGAUCCUGGUGCAUUGCGCCGUAGGAGUGAGCCGGUCUGCCACCCUGGUGCUGGCCUACCUCAUGCUGUACCACCACCUCACCCUCGUGGAGGCCAUCAAGAAAGUCAAGGACCACCGAGGCAUCAUCCCCAACCGGGGCUUCUUGAGGCAGCUCCUGGCCCUGGACCGCAGGCUGCGGCCGGGUCUCGAGGCAUGAGGGGAGGGGGAAGGAGGUUGGUUGGGUCAGGCCUGUAGGUCUCUGACUCCCAGCUGGAGAGAGGAGGCCCAGGUGGCAGGUAGCAGGAGGCCCAGGUAACCCAUCCUCUCCUGUGGGGAGGAGAGUGAGAGGGCUGGGGCAUGGUCCCAGGUCACCAUUGCUAUUUGUCACAAAGGGAUGGGGAGUGAGGGUGGGGAGUUUGGUGGAUGUCCAGGAGGGAAUUGACCAGAGAAAGAAGAAACUAGGCUGUAGGCAGAAGUCAGUCCUGAGAUUUGGACAUGGCUGGGUUCCAGCCAGGGUGCCCCUGGCGAUUCAGAAUCCCUUCCCCUCUUUGUGCCCAAGUGUUCCCCUCUCUCACUUAUCAAGACAAAAGGGUCAUCUCUGUCCUGUGCCCUUGCAGGGAGUCAGGGAUGCAGCCAGAAUGAAUGUGAUGAUGUAGAGCUGUGUGGAGAUGGUAGUGUAGAGACAGACGGUGAAGAGAUGGUGUGAAAAGCUGCGAAACCCAAGGGAGAAAAAUCACAAACUUGUUACUCCAAGCACAGGAGGAGGAGGUGUGGGAGGGUUGGCCCUGUGCCCGUGGGUGCUAGUCGUGGCCAGUAACUGCAGAGGGGCAUAACUGGGAGUCUUAGAUGAUUGCUCGCUUACUGGAUCCAGGUGGCUCGAGGGAAAAUAAAGAUGGUGGACACGAA